AUCAAGAAUUCUUUCAAAAGUCACAAUUAGAUCUCAAAAUCACAUGAGCUCAAUCGGAAUAAAGGGGUCUAUUGGAUACAUUGCACCAGAGCAUGGUGUAGGUGCUGAUGUUUCAACGCAUGGUGAUGUCUAUAGUUAUGGGAUUCUCUUGUUACAGAUGUUCACAAGGAAGCGGCCUACUCAUGAAAUAUUCAAAGAUAACUUUAAUCUUCACCGCUGGGUUGAGAUGGCUUUACAUGAUGGAGUAAUGGCUAUCAUCGAGCCAUCAAUUCUCUCCAUAAAAGAAGAUGAAGAAGAGGUAGCAACAACUAUAAGCAACAUCACUGAAACUCAAAGAUGCAUGAAGAAUAGAGUGCAAGAGUGCCUUAAUUCAAUUAUUAGAAUUGGAGUUGUCUGCUCAGCUGAAUCACCAUUGGAUUGUAUGGACAUAAAUGAUGUGGUCAAAGAGUUACAUCGGAUCAAGGACAUUUAUCUUAGAGUUGGCACUCACUGAGGAAGAUGAAGUACAAUAUGGGCUAUGAAUAGUGUAAGUCGUCAUUUCCUUUAAAAUAUGAGUUUGUUGUACUUGAUGUAGUUGAAACUUUUUUUCUUUUGUUUGAGUUAAUUAUGUUUUUAAUCUUA